AUGGAGGAGCCACCCGCCAAGAAACCUCGAAAGCUGCUCGAGGACAGCUCCGAAAGCGAGACUGAAGAUGGACCCGGAGGAGUUCCGCUCAACGGCGACUCUACGGAAGAGCCGACGUUGAAAAUCAACGAGGAAUAUGCCCGUCGCUUUGAACACAAUAAGAAGAGAGAAGAAAUGCAGAAAUGUAUUUUUAAGCAGGUCAUCUUGUAUACUGCUGGUGCUAACGUAACUUUUAUAGUGGAGGCUAAAUACGGAAAGAUUUCUGCCCUGGGCAAGCGGAAGAAAAGCGAUGAUGAUGACGAUGACGAUGAUGACGAUGAGGACGAGGAUGGUUCUGAGGAUUCCGAGGAAGAAUCAUCAGAUGAGGAGGAGGACGAAGAAGGAGAACUUGCUACGGAAGCUCUUGACGCGGAGAUUCAGGCUACGCUGAAUGCCAUCCGAUCGAAAGACCCGCGGGUCUACGACAAAGAUGCGAAGUUCUACUCAGAGUUCAAAGAAGAUGAAGAAGAGGAGGACGAGAAUAAGCGGGAAAAGAAAGAAAAGCCGAUGUAUCUCCGGGAUUAUCAUCGCCAGAACCUUCUGAGCGGGGCGUAUACAAAUGAAAACGACGAAUCUGAAUCCGCACCACCGCCAAAGACAUACGCACAAGAACAAGAAGAACUAAAGAAGACGGUCGUCAAAGAGAUGCAUGAGGCGGCGGAGAACCAGGGUUCGGACGAUGAUAUGGAUGACGACGGCGGUUUUCUUAUUCCCAAGUCGAAGGAAGUCCCCGAGAAUGACUCCAAGCCCGAAAUUGAACUGGACGUUGAAAACGCGGAUAAGGAUCCCGAAAAAUUCCUGUCAGACUACAUGGCUUCCAGGGCGUGGAUACCCAGGGAGAAUUCGAAAUGGCAGGCCUUUGAAUCAGAUGACGAGGAGGAAGAAGCGAGAGCCGAGGCUUUUGAGGAGGCAUAUAAUUUCCGAUUCGAAGAUCCCAAUAAGGUCAACGAGAAAAUUGUCACCCACGCACGUGAUACGACCAAUCAAUUGUCAGUUCGCAGGGAAGAAAAGAGCAGGAGAAAGAGGCGCCGAGAGGCGGAACGGCUGAAGAAGGAGCAAGAGAAGCAGGAGAGAGAAAAUGAGAAGAACCGGCUGCGCAAGCUCAAGAUGGAAGAAAUGGAGGAGAAGGUCCGGAAGAUCAAGCAGGCCGCAGGGAUCAAAGUCUCAGACAUCACCGACGAGGAGUGGGCCCGUUUCCUCGAUGAGAACUGGGACGAUGAGAAAUUUGAAAAGGAGAUGCAGAAACGCUUUGGUGAAGAGUAUUAUGCCCAAGAAGAGGAGGAGGCCAGCGGGGACGACGACGAUGGCAAACAGAAGAAGAAGAAGCGUCCGAAGAAGCCUACGUGGGAUGACGAUAUUGACAUCAAAGACAUCGUGCCCGACUUUGAGGACGAGGAAAAAGUCGAACAGGGCCAAUCUGAAGAAGACGAGGGGGAGGAGGAUGCUGAGGAAGCAGAGGGCACCAAGUCCAAGAAGCAAGAGAAACGCGACCGGAAGCGCGAGGCUCGCAAGGAGCGACGCAUCAUUGAAGAAGCUGUUGACCGCAAUCUGGACCUUGACCCGACCCUUCUCCCUGGCGCGACCAAAAAGAAUUCCACGCGUUUCCGCUACCGGGAGACCUCUCCUCAGAGCUUCGGUCUGACCGCACGGGACAUCCUCUUUGCCGACGACGCCCAGCUGAACCAGUAUGUCGGCCUGAAGAAGCUGGCCACGUUCCGUGACCCUGAGAAGAAACGUCGUGAUCGGAAGAAGCUCGGAAAGAAGGCUCGUCUGCGGAAGUGGCGCAAGGACGUCUUUGGCAAUGAGGAAGGCCCCCAGUUCGAUUUCAGCCAGCUUCUGGCACAGAAAGCCGCUGCUGAUGGUACCGCUGCCGGACCUGAGGGAGGCGACCAGGAUGAUGAGAUGAAGGUCGACAUCCGGGAAGGAGGUUCGCGGAAGAAGAGAAAGCGAUCGAAGAAGCGUAAGAAGACAUCAUCAUCAGCCUAG